AUGGCAAAGUACGAGAAAUUGUUUCGCGAAGAGGUCAAGAAUGGGGCUAUCCACCUGCAUCUCAAAGACCUAUUCAUGAAGAAAACAGAGCGGAUGGAGAAAGCAGCAGCCCCUCUUCCAAAGGAGCUUCAUACUCCCCACAUGCUCGAUGACGAAGUGCUUGACAAAAUAGGCUACACUCAAAUGACCAAUAGGCCAUUCUACCUCGUCUCCCAAGCACGCGGCCAACAGAAGAUCCUCGAAUUCGCCCGCUACCUAUCCCCAUCUGAAACCUUCUCCGCCGGCCUCUGGCCCGAACUCUCCUCCACACAACGCACUCUCGCCAACAAAAAAUGUCUCGUCCUGCUCAAGAAAUCACAAGGGGGAAGCCUCACUUCCCACCUCAGGAAACGCGGAACCUGUUUCGACCUUGCAUUCACAAGCUGUCCUGGUGGUGCAGGAAUCCAACCAGGACCAAUGGCCCUGCAAAACGAUCCAGAAAUGACAGGACUCAACGCUACACUGAUAUCGCUGUACAACAAGAUCCUCGACCUCGCAUUCCCGGACCGGGAGAAAGAAGCCUUUGCGCAGAGCUGGGCAGCGGAAGGAUCCCUAACAAUCGGAGAAGAUAACAUCAACGUGUCAUCCAUCCAAGUAAACUUCUCUCGCCUUGAUGAAGCAAUGGAGAAGGGAUUAAAGUGUAAAGCACACAUCCACAUUGACAAAAACGAUGACCCGACGAGACUCAGCAUCGUUCUGUUUCUUUCGAAGUUUCCGAACGGUGUGUUUCCAGGACGGUUCAAUAUUACGAGCGCAGGACUUACGUGCUCGACUGAGACGUUCGGUGCGUUGGUGUUUACUGGCAGACAUCCCCAUUGUGGGUCGGGGGUUGGACGAUAUCCAGAGAGCCUUCCGUCCGAUUCGAAACUCCGAGUCCGACUUCCAGACGGUAUUGAAUAUCCUGAGCUUGACGACGAAAACUACCCUGACAUACGCAUCAACACUAUCUUGUACCCCAGACGAGACUGUAUGAAGCAAGGGACGACAUCUUUGAGGAAGCUUUCUGAUGGAAAGGCUUUGGGAGCUUUUGUUACUCAGCGCGCUCAGCGGGAAUUCGAGGUUCGGCAAUGCAUCAAGCGUAACAUCGGCAUAGACAUAACAAUAGAUGAGCUCCAGAAAGUGUUCUCUUGGCAGAAUUCGAAGAGAGAGACAUUGUAUCCAAGACGAUGGAUCAUCGAACUGGCUCUCAAGUACGGCGGAACACGGAAUCAAGAGCUUGCAGACCGACAUGAGGCUACUUUGGUUACUGGCUGUGGCGACAAGCUCCCAGCGGAUGACGAGACGAAGAAGAAGAAAGCAGAAGACAUCGAGAGAAAGAAGGAAGGGAAGCAAAAGCGCCGCGAGACAGCUCUCGCUAAGGGGAAAGUGCAAUGCAUGCAGUAUAUUGCCCGCCGCAAGAAGCAGUGCGAGGGUUACUUUUAUCCGAAAGAUGGAGUCCUCGGCUGCAAACGCCAUCCCGAAGCCGGUCUCCUUGCAGCAGCUACCAAGGGCAUAAAUGCAGUCACAGGAUCCCGAAAGCGCAAAUUGAACCAGAGGGAGGAGAGAUUCGACUCGGAAGAUGAAUAUGACUUGCUGCUCAACGACGAUAGCUACGACGAGGUUGAGCCUUCAAGUGAUGAGUCGGACAUGGAAUGGGGCACUGAAGGCGGAGACAGUCAAGAUGACCACGACUCUGCCCCAAAGUACACAGAUAUCAAGGUCAAUCAAGACGACGGUGCUGGAAUGCAAGUCGACUAUCCCAGGACCACGCCAAUGGCCAAAUUGAACAGUAGGAUUGUGGCGGCGGUGACAUCGAAGCCUUCCCCAUCACCCAAUGACAACUCAACUGCAGUAGCUGACAACGCAAUGCUACAGCAGGACCUUGUUCAAGUCCCUGUGGCGUUGCUGAAGUCCCUUGUAUCUUCCAUUGAAAGUCUUCGCAAAGAUGUCGCGCAACUUACAGAACAGAAGAGCGGCCACUUUUCCAAGUAG